AUGAAACUCUUGUCGAUGGCCGCCACUUUAAUUGCCUGCCUGAGCUUCUUUGAGGGGACCGGCGCAGCGCCAGCACCCAGUCUUGCGAACCAAUUGGAUCCCUUAGACAUGGGCGUCGCCGCUCCUGAAUUGUCGCAGUACCAGAAGAGAGGCGAUCUCUUCGGGCAAGGCUCACUCGAGGCUGUCACCGGCGUCGGGGCCAGCGAAACCGGCGAGACCGGCGAGACCGGCGAGACCGACGACGAGAGCGAUGAGGAUUUUUCGGCGGAGGACUAA